UAUAGCUUUGUUGAAAACGGUAAUUAAUUACCUCAUAACUGAUCAGCAUCAUAGAGUAAAACACAUAUGGCUUCACUCGUUGAUCCUUCCGACCACUCUCCAAUUGAAGAUGCAGAAGCUCUCCAAAAGGCUGUAAAAGGCUGGGGGGCUGAUGAAAAAGCCAUUAUAGCAAUAUUAGGUCAUAGAAAUGCUACUCAAAGGACACAAAUCAGACAAGCAUACUAUGACCUCUUCCAAGAAGAUCUCAUCAAACGUCUUGAGUCUGAACUAUCUGGUGACUUAGAGAGAGCAAUGUAUAGAUGGAUACUAGAACCUGCAGAACGUGAGGCUUUAUUAGCCAAUAUAGCACUAAGAAAUGCUAACAUAAACUACCAUAUAAUUGUGGAAAUUUCAUGUGUCUCUUCACCUGAUGAGCUUUUCAUUGUGAGACGUGCUUAUCACAAUCGAUUCAAACGUUCUUUGGAGGAAGAUGUGGCUACUAAUACCACUGGCCAUCUUCGCCAGCUUUUGGUAGGCUUGGUGAGUUCAUUUAGGUAUGGUGGGAGUGAGGUCAAUGCAAGAAUGGCACAAUGUGAAGCUGAUGUGCUUCAUGAGGCUAUCAAAAACAAGAAUCAAAAUCAUCAAGAAGUAAUUAGAAUCCUUACAACAAGAAGCAAGUUUCAACUUAUGGCAACUUUCAAUCGCUAUAGGGAUGACCAUGGCAUUGCUAUCACUAAGAAAUUGUCUGAUGAAGGAUUUGAUGACUUUCACAAGGCAAUGCAAAUAGCCAUUAGUUGCAUCAAUGAUCAUAAGAAGUACUAUGAAAAGGUUCUACGAAAUGCGAUAGAAAAUGUUGAAAUUGAUGAGGAUGCACUCACUCGUGUGAUUGUAACAAGAGCUGAGAAGGAUUUGAAGAACAUCAAUGAAGUCUAUUACAAGAGAAAUAGUGUUCACCUUGAACAUUCAGUGGCAAAAAAAACUUCAGGAGACUACAAGAAAUUCCUCCUUACUCUAAUGGGAAACGAAGAAUAGUCAAACUACUUGUUUUAAGGAUAUAUUUAAUAUGUUUAGAAAAACUCUAAUAUACUAUUGGCCAAAUUACAUUUUUGGUCCUUUAACUUAAGUCCAGAAUGGAUGUCUUUUUCGUCGAUGUUCACCAUGAAGUUGGUCAAGCCCAAACUGAAGUUGUCCAAGCCCAAACUGAAGCUGUUCAAACCCAAAUUAAAGCUGCCUAGACCCA